GCUAUCUGGUGUCAAGUCCUGCACUACAGUGGGAGCUAUAAAGAUAACAACAGUUAAAACUUCUCUGCCAGAAAGAAUGUGUUACAGAUGAGCAUCUAGUACUCCAUGAAAACAACAGAAACUUAUAAUGGUCUUCUGUUCAAGUUAUAAGUCACUAAAUGAGAUUUUUCACCUGCCUGGAUUUGCCAGAGUUUUGCAAAUAACUUUCUAAGAAGUCCAUCUAUACUGGGUCACUUCCAGGUUAACAUGCCUGUAUGUGUACCGUAGUGUAGAGACUCACUUGUGCCCAAAGGGUCUUCUGUCCUUUCUCAUCUGUAACACACUGUAGGCUGUUCACAGGAGGUCACUAUUUUGUGGAAUCCUCUUAACUGUCCAGUGCAUUUGGUUUUACCUUCUUGCUUCCUGUAGUCUCUGGAUUGCCUUUUUGGAACAGAUGCCAUAACUGUACUUCAUGCCCAGUGGUAGAAACUUGCUCUCCUGCAUGCAUACAAGUAGAGCAAAUGCAUAAAUGCAGAAGGAUCAAAUGUUUUUCUUAUUUUACCAGUGAUUACCUUCAAUUCCUUACAUGUGCUGUUUUUAUGAUAGUCAUGUACUACUUUACCUUCAACUCUUAAGACCGGUCUGCUUUCUGUGAAUUUAAAGCAUGUUCUCAGAGGACUUCUUUGAGAGCAGUUCCCACUUUGACUGAAGCCCUUGUUCCUAUAAUAAGACAUCUAAUUCAGUCUCUUGUUUCUCAAGUUGGAUUUACUUCAUCAGGCUGAGUAAAUACUGUGGUGAAGCAUCUAGCACUAAUGAGGCUACAGCAGAAGGAAACGUUGGAAGGGAUGAAGGAGAAACAUCGUGUAUUGAUUUGCACCAUAGGUGGGCCUGGCAAUAAUUCAUUUAAGUGAGGGGUAAGCUGGGAGGAGCAGGUUGGAAAAGAAUAUGGGAGCUAUUUGCAAAUGGUUCUCUAUAGUGAGAGCACUUCAAUUUAUUUAUAGGCAUUACAUCUGCUGUGUAUGCCUCAUACAUGAUUUGGACUGCUGCUUUAUUCUGCUGUGCUUACAAGGACUUCAAAGACAGACUAAGGGAGAGGAAAAAGAUGGUGAAUUCUGCUACUUCUUUUCUACAUCCUCCUUUCUUCUUGGCCCUUAACAUUAAUAACUUUUAUUAGCAUUGCAAAAAGUGCUGUUCACAAGCCAAGACUCUGGGGGCCAAAAGCUGUUUGAGUAGAAGGAAAAAAAGCUCCUGCCUUAAAGCAUUUCUCAAACUUUAAUGUGAAACCUCAGCAGAGAAAAGCUCCUGAUAGAAACUUGCACCAUGACAUAGAUCAAACCCUUUCUUCCCCCUAGUCUUUCUAAACUGGCACAGGGAGAGUCUCUUCCCCCUGUUAAAAUGUGUGGUCCUCAGCUAACUCCCCCUAACAGACUGCAAAUCCUGGUCUAGGCACUUUGCUUUUUUUUAGCUGAGUUUUGUCUUAGUCUGCCCUCCUUUUUUUAAGCGUUUGAUAAACCACGGCUGCAUUUUCUCCUGGGGAGGAGUCUCCAGGGCUGCAGCUCAGAGUUCCAGCCGCCAAGGCUUGCUCAGUGCUGUGUCAGAGGCUGCCCUACCUGCUAUGUGCGUGUGAAAAGCCACAGUAUUUGUUCUGAGUGUUUUAACUGCGCCUGACACCCAACAGCGAGUGUCUGGGGGAGUCUUGCAUAAUUUAAAACCUAAAUGGAAAGUAAAGCGGUUAAUGUAAUUAGCACCUCCUAGUAAGCUAAGCUUGUUUUCUCUAGUGUUUCUCCGGAAGACUCAGAUCGCCGCAGGGAAGCGCUGCUCCCGGAGCCCGGCCCGGCCCUGCAGCGGGAGCGGCGCUGGGCUCCCGGCCCGCUGCUGCCCCAGGCCCCUGUCCUGGCUCCGACCACUGGACAGCCCAGUCCCGACUCUGAGUCCUCCCUCUUCUGCUGUCGCUCGGGUGGAGUUUGAGGCAUAAAUUACGUUUCUGCACGUUUCCUCCCGCCCCCCUUAGACUACACGUCCCAGGAGCCGCUGCGGCUGCUGCCUGUGACCGCCGUUGUAAGCGAGGGGGCGCUGCAUCCGGGUCUUUCCCCGCGCACGCUCCGCCGCCCCGCGUCUUAACGACCACAACAAGCACGAGCAGCGCGCCGCGGCCCGGCGGACGCCAGCCCCUGACGGCGCCGGGGGCACCGCCUCUCGAGAGCGCUGAUUGGGUGAGCCGCAUGAGAACGGGCGCCCCAUUGGCCCGCAGGAGGACGCCUGGCGGGGAUGUCAUAAAGGCCAGGUAGGCGCGGAGGCUGCCGGGGAGUGAGCGGCGGAUCUCGGGUCUUGUUCGUCUCCCGCGGCGGCUCCUCCUCCUCCGUGAGACCCGCUGGUGCUGGCGUAGCUGCUGUGAGGCGCGGCGGGCGGGGCUGCACGGGGGGAGAGGAGCCUGGUCUCCCCCCGAGCGGGCCCUGCGGCGGCAGGUGAAAAAUCCCAAACAUGAACAGCAGCGCACCACACCUGUCCUCAAAGCUGACUUGGCUAGAAGUGGAAUGUUUCCUGACAGAUCUUCUUACAAAGAAGUUGUAAAUCCUUUGUAAUGGCCAACAAGAAAGAGCCUCCUUUUUUCAAUGAAGACAAAAUGGGACCGUUUCGCUACAAGCUUCCUUUUUAUGAAACUAUGGAGCUCUUCAUUGAAACGCUCACAGGAACAUGCUUUGAACUGCGAGUUUCCCCCUUUGAAACAGUUAUUUCUGUGAAAGCUAAAAUACAAAGGCUGGAAGGUAUUCCUGUCUCUCAGCAGCAUUUAAUUUGGAAUAAUACGGAACUGAAGGAUGACUAUUGUUUGAAUGAUUAUAACAUUUCGGAAGGCUGCACUCUGAAGUUAGUUCUGGCUAUGCGAGGUGGACCUAUUAACACUAGAAGAGUUCCCAUGGAAGACCCUAUCAGGGAAAUGGCUGAAUACAUGGAUCCCAGUAGAGAUGAGAUCUGGGAGAAAGGGCCAUCCAACAAACAAGUUACCUUCUUAGUAUAUCGAGAAGGAGAUCAGUUGAAUUUCUUCCGUGUGGUAGACCGGGGAGAUGGCACUUUAACACCAUUAUCUGAAUCUUUGAGUGGUGGCUCAGUUUAUAACUUAUAUGCUGAUGAUGAAGAUGAAACAGAAGCAUCACCUUCUGGCCAACAGAUUAUUGAGAAUUCAAUUACUAUGAAUAAAAUGAAACUGCUCAAGGCCAAGAUGGAGAACAUGAAUCUGAGUAAAAAGCCUAAGAAAACUGUUAAGGUGAAACCUCGUCCUCCAAUGACUCCUCGACCAUCUAGUGGCUCAGUGGCUGCUGCUCGUCACCGAUUUCUAAGAGUGCUCCCCCAGAUCGGACAGUCCUGCCUACCUCCUCCUGGGAAUUCAUGUCCCUCAGAGUCUUCCCAAAACACACUUUCAGCAUUGGCUACUUUGGCCACUGCUGGUAGAACAAUACCAUCCACAACUAAUGACUUUCUGAAGGAAGAUGACACUUGGCAGAGCAACUCUUGGUCUCAGUCUGUUAGUAGCAUCAGGUUACCACCAAAAAUAUCUCGUGUUGAACUAGAAAAUGCAAAACUACCUUCAAAUAGUAUUCUUACUCCUGUUUCAUCUCUGCCUGCAAAUUCGCAAAAAGCAUCUGAAAAUAUGACCUCCUCAACUGAGGAGGAUGCUGUUUUGUUUCCAAAUCUAACCAAUGUAGAACUAUAUGGAACAGAAGAAAAAAUUCUACCUGAAACAGAUGCUUUUGCUUUGUUAACAGAAGCAAGCACCACUGAACAGUGUAGUGAGAUAUACGACAUAGGAAAGAUGAACCCGGAACUUGAACUGUCUGAUGGGGAUGAAGAAUCUAAGGUUGUAGAGCAGCAAAGAAAACCUGUUAGCCAAGUGCUGAGCACUGCAGCAACAGGGGCUGGUCUUCUCAGUACUCGUGAAUUAAGUCCUCAGAAAAAUCUGCUUUUGUCACCUCUUCGGUAUUCGGCACAAGUGGCACGUCACAAUUCUCCGAAAUCACAAACACAACCCAAAUGCUUUGAGGCUGGUAACUUGAGAUCUACAGUCUCUCCAAACAUGCUUCGAUCAUUGGAAGUCCGUAGUAUAGCAGACUCCUCUUUUUCCAGGACUAACAGAUUUCGUAGUGUGAAAUUAGAGUCGCUUGGCAAAAGACCUGAUGCAAUUUCUAAAACAGAGGCUAGGGACAUCACAGAUGUGGUGAACAAGGCAUCCAAAGAACCUAUGAGUUCUGUAAGUAACUUAGGAUUUCUGGCUUCGCUGGCCCGAAGCACAAACCGGGAAAGUUUACAGAGUUCCUGUGGGACAGGCAGGUUUCGGACUUCUGGUAUUGCACUACCUACAAACCUGCAGCAUUUUCAGGAAGAAAGUUUUAGGAAAACUGCUCCUCCAAAUGAAGCUGCUGAAUACAUUCUAUCUGCGCAUGGGCUUGGAAUGAAUGGAAGUAUUGCAGCUGUAGGGAAAAGAGUAGCAGGUGAAGCGACCCAUCUUCCACCUGUGAAUGGCUCAGUUCAAGCAAAAAAGAAAAUUGCAAAGCAUUGCUUUCUUUGUGGCAAGAAAACUGGAUUGGCAACCAGCUAUGAAUGCAGAUGUGGAAACAACUUCUGUGCAACACACCGGUAUGCAGAGACUCACACCUGCACCUACGACUAUAAGAGUGCAGGGCGAAGGUAUUUGCAGGAGACCAAUCCCAUCGUUAGUGCACCAAAGCUUCCCAAAAUCUAACAUGGUUGUGCUGCAUGUGGCCGCUCUGCCAUUGAAGAAUUGUAUUACAUUGAGAGAAGCACUUGCUUAGACUGCAUAAUUUUGCCAUGCUCCGUAUUUAAAGAUUUGCCAAGUAACAAAAGCACAUGAGGAUGCAUCCUGUUGAAGAAUAAUGUGAACACUACUGCAGUUAAAACUUUUCUUCUUUAGUGAAUGAAAAGUUAAAUAUUAGUUUUUAAAAAUUUACACUAUGGUUUUACUGUUACUGCACGUUUUGUGUUGUGUUUUAUAUUUGGGAAAGCUAUUUCACUAGACAAGUCUUUAAAAGAUGCACUUUACUAACUUUAUUUACUGUAAUAACCAGACUUGAGGGGGUGUUAUGAUGAGGGUGUCAUGUAAUGUCUUCUGUGCUCUUGCGUUUUUUGUCCAUUGCGUGUUAUCUUUUAAGUUAUUUCACUACAAAGACCCUCCUCCUCCCCCUUUCUUCAAACCGCCUGUUUUGAGUUUAAGGGGGUAGUUUGUUCCACCCCUCUGUUCCAUUCGGAUUGGCGUUCAUACACUGUAUCCAUUCUGAAAAUUGCACAUCAUGUUAAUCACAUUCUCUUAAUACUGUUUAUAUGGCAAGUUUGUUUUUUAAAUUGAAAGUUCCCCCUUUGUUGCCAUUAAAUAUAAGGAACAACUUAUUUUAACUUUUUUUGUAAUGCUAGAUUUUUUUAAGACUUCACAACUUGGUUUGUUAAGAUGUUGAAUGCUGUUACUGGAAGAAAUUCUAAUAAAUAUUAAAUUUUA